AUGUCUAGCUUUGAAUCGGACGCAUAUCAUGCCAAGAAUAUUGUGAAUGCAGAGAUACUCCACAGCCUCUGCCAAAUGUUAAGUCCCGAUUUCAACGGAGAGGGAGACCUUGAAAUGAAAGUCGUCCAAGAUACGUUCGCUACCAGUAAGAGCGUAAAGCCGUACAAAGCAUCUAUACCGUCAGCAGCAAGUCCUUUGGAACGCUACACGACAUGGAGUCCGCUGGAAGAUCCAUACGCGCCAUUUGCGAAACGGUACCAAAUAGACGAGAAUGUGGAUGCGGAUGCAAGAGCUGAAGCUGCAAUUGAAAUUGUAAAAGAAGUACAGAAAAAAGGCGAAAAUGCUGCUUCAGCGAUGGCCGGCUCAGAGCUACAAAGCAGCCCAGACCACAACCACGGCCAACAGCAUGCGAGAAUGAAAAGAGAAAGGGAAGCUCCAGGACACGCCCUGGCUGACCAAGAGAUACAAUGGGCUCCAGCGGGACUGGCGGCUCUGGUUAGCAGCGAUUAG